GCCAGACCUCUUCAAGUCUUUAACGUAGUACUCCGUACCCAGCCAGGUCUCGACAUCGACGACACAGGAGCCGAAACCGGCCGAAAUUCAGCUUUCACUAGCAGUCUACUCCCAAACUAUCUCAGCUUCUAGAUUUUACCAGUAUUCAGCGGCCUCACGGUUUCAAGUCGCAUUUACGGGCUGAUUGCGUCGCGCAAUCCUCAACUCGCCAAGUCGGCAGAACACCAAAGAACAAGCGCAGCGCAACACUCCGAACGUCGCCGACCGACCGGCUGGCUACCUGGUAGUCUUGCUUGCGGCCUUUCGACUCUAUCGUGCCUUUUCAGGCCGCCAGUGGGGCGUGCCACCAUCCGCGGCAUCAUGUCGCGCCUCUUCAGGCCGUCUUCGGUGCUCCGGUUCCCCAAGGUCUUGACCAAAGUACCAACCGGCCAAGUGAUCAAAAUCGAAAGAGUACGGCUCAGGCACAGGAGGCGGCUCCGGCUUGUUACCUUUGCCAUCAAGACAGUCCUUAUCUACCAAUUCUUUGAGAUAUGCGUGGCGGGCCCGCUUGUGAAGGUGCUGGAAAACCAGGAAUUGAUGGAAAGCAUGCCGGAAGAAGAAGAGGCUGUCGACAUAUUCAUUCCGUUUCCCUUGACAACGGAGCGACACGAACCGCAGCCAUACUCUGGGAAAGAUCCGGAAUGGAGGGAGUUUGUGCGGCUAUCCAAAGACAAGGAGAGGUUGGACCAAAUCAGGAGGGACACUGUUCAAAUGGUCUGUGAUGCCGCUGAAAAGAACCCCGCCUUAACAUGGAAGGUUGGGAAAGAUAUGAAAGUGAGGAGGUACUGGAUGGAUAUUGAUUUCCCAUACAGGGCACCGCCUGUGUACACGCGCAAAGGCCUGUUGAUUACGGAUGAAGUGAUCGCCAUUGCGGAAACAGAGGUUGAGUCAGCGACAGUGAAACUUCUAGAGCGCGUCCUAUGGCCAAAGCCCAUGGCGCUGUCGACCUGGGCGCUUGGAAAGGCACUCGUUGGCCGUCAGUUCUCUUCGGUUGCGCAAUUCUUUGGGUUUGAAGGCGACAGUUCAACCCACCCUCCAGACCGUCCUGUCAGCGCAGGACCUUUGCCGCUCCCAACAAAUCACAGCUCUGACGUUCAAAAGGCUUUGGAGCGUAUCCGGGCACAAGCAACAAAACGGCCGGAAGACGUCAACGAUCCUAGGUCGAUCUCACCAACCCCCAACACACCACCUGGCCCAUCCAGGGAUAAGCCUAUGAGCAUUCCCAAUAGACCGCCGGCCGAACACAAUGGCAACCCAGAAAAGUUUGUCGGUCAAGAAAAGGUCCAGUCUCUGGUUGGCCUGAAGCCUUGGGAGGAGUUUAUGAAGACGUACACCAAGGUGUGGAAGCCGAUUCGACCUGAUCCACCUCGCGGUUGCUUCGCCGUCUCAGGUCUUGUCGAGAUCGAGACGUCGAGGGGGUACCUGGUGAUUGACGUCUUGUCGUGGUACAAUCCAAAGACGAGAUCCCAUGAUCGCAAGUCCAUGUGGAUGUCGGUGAGAAGGAUGCAGUAUAAACAACAGGCGCCGAUGCGUCCCUGAUCAAGUCAUGAAUGCGGUUUGGUUGUUUGGCUUUUGGGGCGGCAGUGUAGGAAACACAUAUCAGAGUUGCAUGGGAAGGGCGUUUAUUGAUUUUGUAUUCUGAGAGAAGCGGUUGAUAACGUCAGUGUGACUUUUGUUGGAAAGGGUGACAAACUGCAUCUCUUUUUUCUCCCAACAUCAUGAUGCGUUGAUCAGCGCGUAUGAGAUUGUCCGUAGAUGAAGCAUUUGGGUGGCAUGGGCGGAAGGACUUAUAAAAUGGGAAGCGGAAAUAGAUACCAGAAGCGUUGAUUUACAUACAAGGAAAUCGUUUCGUUUGACUGGAAGCCGUUGGGAGUGCCUGUGAGACUCCGGCUGGCCGUUCGGCGAGAGGGUGGGACCGGCUUGGCACGAAUAUAUUGACUUGCAAGACAAGCGGUGCUGGCUUGCUAGUUCAAGGACAAUCAAUUUCUGGCCCUUGAGCGGCCCACCUAUGUUGGCAGAGAGGUAGAAUCAAAUUCAAGAAUCAGUUACGGAUCGAUGACUGAAUUAGGCUUUAA